AUUGAUAGAAUUGGGGAUUUUGAUUCUUUCUAGGGUUUGCGCCGUUGCUGUGGAAAAUGAUCGAGGUAGUGCUGAACGAUCGUCUUGGGAAGAAGGUGCGCGUCAAAUGCAACGACGACGACACCAUCGGAGACCUGAAGAAGCUCGUCGCCGCGCAGACGGGCACUCGUGCUGACAAGAUCAGGAUCCAGAAGUGGUACAACAUCUACAAGGACCACAUCACCCUCAAGGACUACGAGAUCCACGACGGAAUGGGCCUCGAGCUCUAUUACAACUAAUUCCUCAUCGUCGAGGUUGAUCGAGGAUGCACGGGAGGGAAUGCUGGAAAUACUUAUGUGUCAAUACCUAUAUAUAAGUCCAUUCGUCUCUGUGAAACUAUGUGGAGGUUUGUGAACUGAACUGUAAGACAGCUUUUCUUUACUCAUCGCACAAUCAGUGAAACUAUGUCUCGUAUGUAUGGGUCUUAUCUUAAUUGUGAUGCGGACAUUGCACGUUACCUGAUGUUUGCAUAAGCAUGGCGUUUCGAUGAAA